AUGAUGUUUACCACUAACUUUGACUUGAUUUUGCCACUUUACAAAGGUACCAAAGCAGCUGCCAUUCAAGCUUCAAUCGGUAAUGUUCCCUCUGGAAGUCUCUUCGCUAUUUAUCAGAAGGCAGCUACAGGUGCUAUGGGGAUUACAGCAAUCAUAACUGCGGCUGGAUUCAUACUUUGUCGAGAGAUAUUGGAGGAAACCUAUCCUCAAUUUUCGGUGUGGAUGCUUCUUAUCGUAAGUAUUGGCAUAGAAGAUGUUCUCACAAUGGCCCAAGAGAAGAAAGCAACAGGAGAUGAAGGCCGAGGUCAUUCAGAGAAAGUCAAGGAUGAUGGUACGACUAGGUGGAACUCGUUUUAA